UCUUCUUCAUAGAACGAGAGGAGAAGCAAAAAUCAAUAAUUCAGCAGUAGUAGUAUAGUAAUUAGUAACAGGGAGAGCACAUAAUCCUCUUCCAUGUUUAAUGUCGGAGAAACUUCCAAAUAAGUCCAAACUCUGGUUCGUCAUUACUUGCAGAUAAACAGCUGUUUCAUUGCCCAAUGCCUCCCUCACAAAUCCCCUCAAUUUUCAAUUUUCAGUUCCAUACCGGAUUCCACCAUUUAUAUAUUUAAAGCUCUGAGCACUUCUUAACCAACUUCUUCCCACUGACCAAAACUUUACUGUGAUUCACUCGCAGAGACAGACCCAUCUUCUCAAUUUUCCUGCUGUUUCUGGAAAUGGUGGAAAUCUGAGAGAAAUUGAGAAGUGGGUAUGAUGGAGAAGACGAUGAAGUCGAUAACCCAGAUUUUGUUUUGUGUAUUUUUCUACUGUUGUAUUGGUUAUCUUACCCAGUGUUCCGCUGCUGGGUUUAGUGAAGAAGCAUUGGCUUUGGUUUCGAUUAAAUCUGGACUUGUUGAUCCGUUAAAGUGGCUCAGAGAUUGGAAGUUGGGCGAUGGAAAUGGUAAGUUUGCAGGGCAGUGUAAUUGGACGGGAGUUUUUUGCAACUCAGAAGGAGCUGUUGAGAAACUGAGCCUUUCUCGAAUGAAUCUCAGUGGCAUUUUGUCGAACGACUUGCAGAAACUAAGAAGCCUCUCUUCUCUCGACUUGAGCUGCAAUGGGUUUUCUUCUUCCUUGCCAAAAUCUAUGGGCAAUCUCACUUCCCUGAAGAGCUUUGAUGUGAGUCAAAAUUUUUUCGUCGGAAGCAUUCCGGGGGGCUUCGGGACGAUGGCCGGCUUGACAAAUUUCAAUGCGUCAAGCAACAAUUUCUCUGGUUUUAUCCCUGAAGAUCUUGGAAAUGCUACUCUGCUGGAGAUUCUGGAUCUCCGAGGGAGUUUUCUUGAAGGGUCAAUUCCCAUAUCUUUCAAGAACUUGCAGAAGUUGAAGUUUCUGGGGCUUUCUGGGAACAACCUGACCGGGCGAAUCCCGCCGGAGAUCGGUCAGCUGUCGUCGUUAGAGACUGUUAUUAUGGGAUACAAUGAGUUUGAAGGAGGGAUUCCAUCAGAGUUCGGAAAUCUCACCAAUCUCAAAUAUCUUGAUUUGGCUGUGGGAAAUCUUGGUGGUGGGAUUCCUGCUGAGCUUGGGAGGCUCAAACAACUUGAGACAUUGUUCUUGUACAAGAACGGUUUCGAAGAGCGAAUUCCGCAGUGGAUUGGUAAUGCUACUUCAUUAGUGUUUCUUGAUCUUUCAGACAACAAGUUGACAGGUGAAAUUCCAGCUGAGAUAGCUGAACUGAAGAAUUUGCAGCUACUGAAUCUAAUGUGUAAUAUGCUGUCUGGUGAAGUACCUCCAGGAAUAGGAGGGUUGACAAAAUUGCAGGUUCUAGAGCUAUGGAACAACUCUUUUUCGGGCCAACUUCCUGGCGAUCUCGGCAAGAACUCGGAGUUGGUAUGGUUGGAUGUCUCAUCCAAUUCAUUCUCUGGUCCAAUUCCGGCUUCUUUGUGCAAUAGGGGCAAUCUAACCAAGCUCAUCCUUUUCAACAAUGCUUUUUCGGGUCCGAUUCCGGUUGGAUUAUCGUCAUGUUACUCACUAGUUCGUGUUCGAAUGCAGAACAAUCUGCUAUCUGGGACGAUUCCAGUUGGGUUUGGAAAGCUUUGGAAGCUUCAAAGGCUAGAAUUGGCAAACAACAGUCUCAUUGGGAGUAUCCCAAGUGAUAUUUCCUCUUCUACAUCCCUUUCUUUUAUUGAUCUUUCUGAAAAUGAACUUCAUUCUUCUAUUCCUUCCUCAAUUCUGUCCAUUCCAAAUCUUCAAACUUUCAUAGUCUCUGACAAUAACUUGGAAGGUGAAAUUCCAGACCAGUUUCAGGAUUGUCCUGCACUUUCUGUGCUUGAUCUCUCCUCGAACCAUUUUACAGGAAGCAUUCCAGAAAACAUUGCUUCAUGUGAGAGAUUGGUAAAUCUGAAUCUCAGAAACAACCAGUUAACUGGAGAAAUCCCAAAACAGAUUGCAAAUAUGCCUUCAUUGUCCGUCCUUGAUCUAUCCAACAACUCUCUUACUGGUAGAAUACCCGAUAAUUUCGGUAUCUCUCCUGCACUGGAAUCGCUUAAUGUCUCUUACAAUAAGCUUGAAGGUCCAGUUCCAUUAAAUGGUGUGUUAAGAACAAUCAACCCAAGUGAUCUUCAGGGCAAUGCUGGUCUAUGUGGAGCUGUCCUGCCUCCAUGCUCACCAAAUUCAGCAUUUGCAUCAGGGCACGGGAGCUCGCACAUGAAGCAUGUUAUCACCAGUUGGGUCAUUGGAAUAUCUGCAGUUUUAGCGAUCGUUAUUACUCUUUUCGGUGUUCGAUCGUUGUAUAAGAGGUGGUACUCGAAUGGAAGUUGCUUUGAGGAGAGAUAUGAAAUGGGUAGUGGAUAUUGGCCAUGGAGAUUGAUGGCAUUCCAACGGCUUGGAUUCACAAGCAGUGACAUUUUGGCUUGCAUCAAGGAAUCAAAUGUGAUUGGAAUGGGAGCAACUGGGAUUGUGUACAAAGCUGAAAUGCCACAACUAAAGACAGUUGUGGCUGUCAAAAAGCUGUGGAGAUCAGAAUCAGAUCUUGAACUUGGAAGCAGUGAAGGUCUAGUAGGAGAAGUGAAUUUACUGGGAAAGUUAAGGCACAGGAACAUAGUUCGAUUAAUUGGGUUUAUGCAUAAUGAUGUCGAUGUAAUGAUCAUCUAUGAGUUUAUGCAAAAUGGGAGCCUUGGAGAAGCCUUGCAUGGUAAACAAGCAGGGAGGCUGCUUGUGGACUGGGUUUCAAGAUACAACAUAGCACUCGGAGUUGCGCAAGGGCUAGCUUAUCUCCAUCACGAUUGCAACCCACCCAUCAUUCAUCGGGACGUUAAGCCAAAUAAUAUACUUCUUGAUUCGAGUCUUGACGCACGGUUAGCUGAUUUCGGGUUGGCACGGAUGAUGGCUCGAAAGAACGAGACAGUUUCGAUGGUAGCUGGAUCCUAUGGCUACAUUGCCCCCGAAUAUGGAUACACUUUAAAGGUAGAUGAAAAGAUCGACAUUUACAGCUACGGUGUCGUACUUUUAGAGUUACUGACAGGAAAGAAGCCAUUAGAUCCCGAGUUUGGGGAAUCUGUGGACAUAGUUGAAUGGAUUAGAAGGAAGGUUAGAGACAACAGAUCCUUAGAAGAAGCAUUAGAUCCAAAUUUGGGAAAUUUCAAGCAUGUUCAGGAAGAAAUGCUGUUCGUUCUUAGAAUAGCACUUCUCUGCACUGCAAAGCAUCCAAAAGACAGGCCUUCCAUGAGAGAUAUUAUAACAAUGCUGGGAGAAGCAAAACCGAGGAGAAAAAGCAAUAGUGGUGGCAAUGAAGGAUUUGGAACUAACAAAGAGAAGCCAGUUUUCAGCACUUCACCUGUAAAUGGCCUUCUGUAGGAGGAAAAUGGAGUUUUCUACUGCCCCCUUUAUUUUGAUCCUUUUACAUUCAUCUCUGUAAGUAGGAUUAGUCCUUUUUUCCCUUCUCUCUCUUAAUUAAUUGUAAUGAUUGGCUCAUUUGGGUGUGUAAAAGAGCAGAUGAUGUAUAGUAUAAAUUGCAUAUCUGCCAUCAGAAUGUUAAUUCUUUUUUUUUUUCUUCGGUUUUUGGACAAAACCAGAAAUCUUGGAGUAUCGGUGGGGGCACAGAUAUGAACACUGAAAAUGGGAAAGCUUGUAUAACAAAUAGCAUUUCAAGUUUCAAGCAAUAUAUAUAUUAUUAUAAGCAA